CCCACUUCCUAUAAACAAAGCAAACGUCACUGCUGUUUUCGCUCGCCCUGUGUUUGUGCUGUGUUCAGAGAAGGAACUUAGGUUCUGGACAAUGGCUCAAUCCGGUUUGGUUCUGGACAAGGACCAGUUCAACUGCUCGAUAUGUCUAGACGUGCUGAAGGAGCCUGUGACCAUUCCCUGCGGACACAGCUACUGCUUGGUCUGCAUCCAAAACUACUGGGACCAGGACGACUAUCUGGGGAGCUAUGUCUGCCCGCAGUGCCGUCACACCUCCAGCCCGAGGCCGGUGCUGGCCAGGAACACCAUGCUGGCCGACGUGGUGGAGAAAUUCAAGAAGAACGGACUCCAAGAGGCCACGACGGACGCGAACCAAAGUUUCGCCGAGGCAGGCGACGUGCAGUGCGACGUGUGCACCGGGAGGAAAAACAAGGCUGUCAAGUCGUGUCUGGUGUGUUUGGCCUCGUACUGCGACGUUCACGUCCAGCCCCACUACGAGUCUGUCGCCUUCAAGAAACACAGGCUGGUGUCUGCGUCCAAGAAGCUGCAGGAGACGAUCUGUCCGCGACACGACAAGCUGUUGGAGGUUUUCUGCCGCACUGACGGUCGGUGCAUCUGUUACCUGUGUCUGACAGACGAACAUAAAGGACACGACACGGUGCUGGCUGAACAGGAGAUACAGUACAAGCAGACGCAGCUCAAUGACAUGAAGAAAAACUCCCUGCUGCAGAUUCAGCUCAGAGAAAAGGAUGCGCAGGAGCUGAGACAUGCCAUUUUCUCUCUCACUCGCUCUGCUCGCAUGGCAGCCGAUGAAAGCGACGCAGUCUUCGCGGAACUGAUUCGGUCAAUGGAGCUGAAGCGCUUUGAAGUGAGAGAGCUGAUCAAAGCCCAGGAGAAGAUGGCUGUCAGCCAGGCUGAGCAGCUGCUGGGCAAGAUCCAGAGGGAGAUAGCGGAGCUGAAGAAGAGCGAGGCUGAACUGGACAAAUUGUCACAGGCUGAGGACCACAUCCAUUUCCUUCAGGGCUGUCAGUCUCUCCAUGCUCCACCUGUGCUGUCAGCUUUGCCUCUAGUCACCGUUGACCCCAACCUGACCUUUGGCCCAGUGAUAACGGCUGCAUCAGAUUUUAAAGGAUUAUUGCAGGAUGUCUGCCAAGAAGGAUUGGUCAGCAUCUAUGAAAAAGUGAGGGACGUAGUGAUUGUAGGUUCUCCUCAUCAUGUGACACAAGGAGACACUACGCAGUCUGGGGAUAGUAGUUCCGUCGCUGAAACAGAAGCAGCACCAGUGAUUCCUUCUCCUGGACUAGACUCCGCUCCAGUUAAUCCUCUCAACCCAUUCCUCACACCAGGACCUGCCGCUCCCAUGUUUUCCUUCUCGCCUUUUGGUGCCAAACUGUGUACGGGAUCGAGGUCGAGGCAAGUUCAGCGACGCUGUCACUCCAGGAGGAAAUAGACUUCUACUGUAUCAUGACUUCACUCACACACUUGACAUGGGACUGAACGCCAUCACACAUGACCUGCUCUCACACACAUAAACUCUUUUCCACAUUACCUUUAAUUGUUUUUUUUUAAUUUGAUCUGUGUUAAAGGGCAAAGGGUUGGGGGUUAGGAAAGUGAUGAUGGUGGACUCACGGUGUCUUUGUUCCAGUACUUUUAAAGAAAAAAAGGUUCAAAUGUACACAGAUUUUGGUCCUUCUUCUUAUUCUUAUUAAUAAUAAUAAUAAUAAUAAUAAUAAUAACAACAAUAAUAAUAAUAAUAAUAAUGAUAAUAAUAAUACUGUGUGUUUUUAUUUAUAUUUUCCUUUUAAAAAACAAGCAAUUCUUCAUUAUAAUAGAUUGUGAUUGAUGUGUUGACAUUAAAAAAGCAAACAUGCGUGUACAGACUC